GAAUGUCGGAUAAAUUCGCGUGGAUAAACAGUUUGGAAGGUUUUGGUUGUGUUCAAAUUUCGCGGUCGACGUGUUGCUAUCUCUGGGAAUCUGUACCGUGCGAAAGAAACGUGCGAGAAUUUAUCUGGCGUUCGUUGGAGAAAUCGAGGAACGAGGAUGCACAGUACGCACUCUCGCUGUUAUCGACCAUAUCAACAGGAGUGGAACUAAGAGAGAACGAACGAACGAUGGCGAACGAGCACGAGCGGGACCGAGUCCGGCCGAGAGAAAAGUCGUGGUCGGUGUUGGUACUUUCGUCGGGACAUCGCAAACAUUUCGUGUCCUUCCGAAGCACGUCGACGGUUUUCUCAAAUACACGGAGUUUUUCACGGUAAAACAACGACGUUCGCCUGAUCGCGUGAACGAGGAACUCUGCACGAAGUAACGGUGGUUGUUGUCGAUCACGAACGAGAGAAGAUCCGCGAACGAUCGUCAGGGGUUAACCAGAUAAACGAACUCUAAGGAACCCGAUAACGCGAGGAUCGUAAAAAUCAACGAGUUCCGUUCGCGAGACGAGGAAAAUAUUUAAAGAGGAAUCGAUUUCCUCGACAAUUCGCUUGUCCUGUGCAUCGCGUCGUUUUGCUCCUCCGGUUUCCCGUUAAACGUGGUUAUCGAUCGUCUAUAACGACACAGACGAUCUAAAUAUACACGAUAAAUAAUAGUGACAGUGACGUAAAUCCGUUGAAGAUGGUUUCGAGACGGGAAACGGUCCGAGCGUUCCUCCUCGACUUUGGACGCUCGAGACCUUACGAUUGGUAGGUCUCCGUUCGUCGCAAACGUUCCUCUGAAUAUUUCUUAGAACGACGAACCGAAAGCUACGACCAAUUAUGUUCGUGUAUGUGUUGUUGAAGAUAGUGUACCGUACCGUUUGGCUUUUCUUGUUACGCGUCAAGUGUCGAUAUUUGGUGUUCUUGUCGAUACUCGCUGACGAUUCCACCAUGAUUUCGAUGGUCCAGCUGCUGCUUUGUCCACGGAACCGUGGCGGAUGUUGGUCGUCGGUUCGACACAGCUGUCAACAACUACAGGUAACCAGCAGAUGAACGCAACGAUGAUAACGAUCGCGUGUUUCGCUGGCAAAUGAUCCCGAUCAGAAUCGGCGAGAUGUUGGGACGAUUUUAAGGGUCUAGAUCGUACAAAGGAAGAAAACGAAUCAUGGGCUCUCUGCCGAAUCUUCACGAGUUGACGAAGGACAAACUCGAGAGUCCUGCGUACAGACCAGCGCCGAUCGGUGGUUUAGGCCCUAUUCGACUACCAGCUCAGCCUCCGCCAUUAGCACAUACUCAUAGACGCGCUAGAAGUAGUGGUCACCACCAUACUUUGUGGGACAACGAUGCUAUGCUAGAGCACAUGGCAGCUUAUUCGCCGAUCUCCUGUCGUUCGACGAGAACAUCCGCGUUAUCCUGGCGUAGACGCGACUCGAUGAAUUCAGCGGCUGGUGCGUCGUCGGUGCGUCGGUUAAUAGCCGCUGUAAGGGCGGCACCUUCCGGUCCUCGACCACCGAAAAGGGCCAUAUUCAGGCAUUGUGCCGCUCUUCUGCUAGGGCACGCGAGCUGUUCCGCCGCCACUCUCCCGAUAUUCCCGCUACAAGCUGGUCUUGGUGCCUUCGAUCCUCAUCUGGGACCGAUGCUUCUUGCUCUCCUUUACGCGACAGCGACGAUCACUAGCUGCUUUGCAUCGAUCGUCGUACAGAGGCUUGGAACUAAUCUCGCGAUAAGCGCCAGCCACCUAGUCACGAUCCUUUUCGUUGGUCUACACCUUUAUCCGAAAUGGUACAUACUGUUGCCCGGUUAUGCAAUGUUGGGUGUUUGCGUUACACCAAACUUCAUAGCACGAGUCUCACACGUAAAUGCAUCAGCAACUAGUUUAGCUCUAGUGUGCAUAGAUCCUGAGGAUCCAGACGAAACAAGACGGGAGUGCCUUCUAAGAAGACUUAAUCGAGGAAUCAGAUUAGCAGAAGAUAUAGGUCUUGCACUGGGUUGUCUAAUUGCUGCCAUAUUUGUAAAACUAACAGACACGAUGACUCUUAGUACAAUGAACGACGAGGUAAAUGACAUUUGCGGAGCCGAGUAUUGUCCAGAGGAAAUAUAUCUAUACAACGGUACAAUUAAUAUAUCGACGCUAUCACCUGGAACAUCAAAAAUAUUAGUCAGCAUAUGGCUCGGUCUUGCUGUCCUAGGCUUAAGUAUAUCGUGUGCUUUCCUCGAUUCCAGAAUGAAGGAACCACAGAACGUAAAUGAAAAGCAUAGUGCUCAAAACAUACUAGCGUCCGUAAAAUCUGCAUUUCAGGAUCCAAAGUUACAGUUGGCAGCGCCGUUAACACUUUUUAUCGGACUCGAGCAGGGAUUCAUCUACGCUGACUUUAUAGAAGCGUAUGUAGUCUGUGCGCUGGGCGGAGCCGGUACCGUAACUCUAAGCUUUUUAAGUUUGGCAUCAUUGCAAGCCCUGGCCGGCGUAACCUUAUCGAUGCUAUUGAGACACAUUAAAAGAUAUUUUGUCGUAGUUGUCGGAUUUGUGUUCCAUGCGUGUUUACUGCUGGUUUUAAUCACGUGGAGGCCAUCCGGCGACGAUCCAGCACUUUUUCACGUUAUAUCCGCUGCCUGGGGAGUUUGCAAUUCCAUUUGGGAAACUCUGAUAUACACAUUAGUGUUGGGUUUGUAUCCAAAUUCUUGGCAAGGACCCUUGUCGACGUCUCUUUUCUGGAGAUGGCUCGGUCUUGCCCUCACCCUCGGUUUGCACGGACUAGUCUGCACACAGUUUCGCGUGCUUGGUCUUGCUUGCGUGCUACUCCUGUCCGUGGUUCCUUAUAUAUGGCUAGAGAUCAAACUGGCCAAAAGAGGUAAAAGCCUGGCACCGUUGUGACUGGGAGAUCCACCAGCGAACGAUCGUGGUUCAAGCAUCAAAACGGAAUCUCGUUACAGAGAUUGAGACAAAUUCGUUCCAUUCAACUUGAAAACAACUAAGAGGCAUACUAGAAGCAGAAGACCUUUUGUGGAACACUGUGCUAUCUCGUCAAAGAGAUGUACAAGACGAAGAGCUCACAGCGUUGCUUUUUCUAGCAAUAUUAAUCGCAGCCACAAAGGAUGUUCUGCCACCAACCGUCCCAAUCACCCAUAAAUGAACCUAAAAACAGUACCAAAAUUCAUUACGGUACGAUCGUUCCUGUCUCCAAAGAUUAAACUUCUGAUCAAUUCUCAAUAUCCUUCAUAUUUAAACGUUAGACUGGGGAUGAAAGAGCUACACCGUGUACGUUCACCUUUUUAAGUAUUUAUUCAAGUAUCGCUGAAAUACUUUGUCUAUAUUAUUUUCUGUUGCGUUUUCCGUCAAAUGAAGUCACUCCAACGUAUUUUAUAUCCAAAGAAAAUUAGUACUUUAUUAUACAGGGUGUUCGGCCACUCUUGGGAAAAAUUUUAA